UAACCGCCUCAGGUGUGCGCGCUCCCCCCGUCGCGGGAGCGCGCGGACGGACAGGAACCGUCAUGAAGGCAGAAGAAGAAGAUGCGGCUCGCCUCAGAAAUGGAUCACACGGCCGUGUUCGCAGCUCUGGAGAAGGUCUGCGAGGAGAACAUCUGCGUCCUGUGCGGGCCGUCUGAGUCACCCUACGGCUCCAUAACCACGCGCCUGGUCACCUGCAUGAGGAAGAUCCAGCAGCAUGGCCGCGCCCUGGAGCCCGUGGUGGCCAGCUUCACCGCCGUCUACCAUCACUAUGACUUUGACUCGCAGACGCCGGGAAACGGAUACCGCACCCUGGUCAAGGUCCUACAGUCCUGUCUUCUGCACAUCGUCCACAAAGGCCGCUACAUCGCGUCCAACUACAGGGGAGCCUUCUUCCGGGCGGAGCACAACGCCUCGGAGAUGGAGGCGUACUGCAGCGCGCUCUGCCAGCUGCGGGCGCUGCUCCACCUGGCGCAGCGGCUGAUCCACGACAACGACCACGGCCAGCUGUACACGCCGCAGGACGCCGACCUGAGCGGCCGCUUCGUGCAGGAGUACAGCUCCAUGCACAAAGCCUGCUUCUACGGGCGCUGCCUGGGCUUCCAGUUCUCUCCUGCUCUGCGGCCGUUCCUCCAGACCAUCGUGAUCAGCAUGGUGUCGUACGGGGAGACGUACGGGAAGCAGCAGUCUGGGAUAGGAACGGCCGCGCUGUCGCUGCUCACCUCGGGGAAGUACGUGAUCGACCCGGAGCUGCGAGGGGCCGAGUUUGAGCGCAUCACGCAGAAUCUGGACCUGCACUUCUGGAAGUCCUUCUGGAACGUGACGGAGUCCAACAUUUUAUCAGGCUUCACCCGCAUCGCCUCGAACCCGGUGCAGGUGAACCUGACGCUGACCGUGCCUCCUGCCAGCCUCCGCCUGCCUCUGGCCUCAGACCCCAGCCUGUCCACCACCGUAUCGCCGCCCAUCGCCCACUGGGGCCCCGGGCCCGUCUCCAUGAGGCUGAUCUCCUACGAGCUGCGAGACGGCCAGGACAGCGAGGAGCUGCUGAAGCUCUCCCAGGGCGACGUCGCCCCGAUCUCAUCGCCCCGUCUGCCCUGGGUCCAACAGAAGCCGCCGUCUCCCUGGCUGCUGGUCCACUUCCACGGAGGCGGCUUUGUGGCCCAAACAUCUCGUUCCCACGAGAAUUAUCUGCGGAACUGGUCGAAGGAGCUGAGCGUCCCGAUCCUGUCUGUCGACUACUCCCUGUCGCCUGAAGCGCCUUUUCCUCGCGCUCUGGAGGAAUGUUUCUACGCCUACUGCUGGGCCCUGAACCACUGCCACCUGCUGGGUUCUACUGCGGAGCGGGUUGCCUGGCCGGGGACAGCGCCGGGGGGCAACCUCUGCAUCACCGUGUCCAUGAGGGCCCCUGACCGCCGGCAUCCGGGUCCCGACGGCAUCAUGCGGCCUACCCCGCCACCCUGCUCCACCACCGACGCCCGCCCUCCGCCCCUGCUCACGCUCAUCGACCCGCUUGCUGUCCUCUGGGGGUUCUGGCAAAGUGCCUCAAACGCCUACGCAGGAAGGUUCAGACUUCCAGACGGCCCAGCGGCAGAGCGCAGAGGCAGCCUGAGCGCCCUGAGCAGAGACACGGCCCUGCUGCUCAGCGACCUCACCCAGGGCGCCUCCAACUGGAUCCAGUCCUUCCUGGACCCGAGCCGGGCGGCGGCCAGCGACCACCGCCGGGCGUCGGCUCCCGCCGCCACCUGGAGCCCCGCCAGCGACCUGCACUACCCCGGCGGCUUCGAGCCGCUGCGGUCCGAGUGCCACGCCCACGUCCUGCCCACGUCCUGCCCCGUCAUGAGGAACCCGUUCGUGUCUCCUCUGCUGGCGCCGCCCGGCCUGCAGGGCCUGCCGCCCGUUCACAUAGUGAGCCAGAUCCUCAGCGUCACGGGCGCCACCAGGAGGCGCUGUGGGCUGCUCAGCUCUGGGGAGCACCGGACUCCGAUCCACUGGGCAGGAAGUGGCAACGGACGGGCGCGGUACUGA